AUGGCAAAAGCUCUUCACAUAACCAUCCUUCUCUUCCUCAUAUCCGCCAACCUCCUCCCAUUCAUCAACUCCGCUAGGCUUCUUGAUGAGAUCCAACCUCAGCCUCAGUUAGUCCCUACCGGUCAAACCCCCAACGUGGUGGCUCCAACAGAAGCUGAGGAAGAACCUGCACCAGCAACAACAGUCCCAGCUGGUCCAGCAGGGGGUGAACACGAGCCAUCACUAGAGUUCUUUAUGCACGACGUCCUAGGAGGGUCACACCCAUCAGCUCGUGUGGUCACUGGAAUAGUAGCACAAACCGAAGUGAACGGUAUACCAUUCUCAAAGGCCAGCAACAGCAUCUUCCCUGUAGACAACGGAGUCCCACUUGUCAACUCAAACAACAUCAACAGUGUCAUUAACCCAAACACAGCUCCACUUCUCACAGGCCUUGGCGGUGCUCAAACCAGCACAGUGAUCCAAAACACUAACGGCAACUCCAACGAUGCUCUCAGCUCCAACAGUCUCCCCUUUGUAACUGCAGGAAACCUCCCUCCAGGUGCUGCUCUUCAGCAUCUCAUGUUUGGAACCAUAACCGUUGUAGACGAUGAGCUAACAGAAAGCCACGAGCUCGGUUCAGCAGUUAUAGGGAAAGCUCAGGGGUUUUACCUGGCUAGCUCCUUGGAUGGCACAAGCCAGACACUUUCUCUGACCGUGUUGCUAGACAGAGAGCAUGACCAUCAUGAUACUUUGGAUGAUGCUAUUAGCUUCUUUGGAGUUCACAGGACAGCCUCUCACGCCUCUCAGAUUGCUGUUAUUGGUGGGACAGGGAAGUUUGAACAUGCUAAAGGGUAUGCUAUAGUGGAAACUCUGCAUAACCAGAAUAAUCAGCAUAUCACUGAUGGUCAAGAUACCAUCCUCCAUUUCAGUGUUUACCUCACCUACAAAGCUUGA